AACAGGAAAGCGGAAACCCCACACCGCUGCCGCUGCGAAGGAGAACCGAGGAGAAAGAUCCGGACGAUACGAGCUCAGCUCCCGUCGCAUCGCACCGCAUCGCCCGGCGACACCCGCCCGCUGCCCUCACUCGUCCUCAGCUCUUCCGAAUCGCGUCGCCGCCGGCCGAGAGGUUCGCAGCCCCGAUCCACCUCCUCUCUCCUCCCUGCCACCGCCACCGCCACCCGCAGGUCCUGUAGCGAGCCACUGUUCCAUUCGUGGGCGUGCCUGCCACACCCAUCACGCGCGCAGUGGUGGUGGUGGAGCACUGGGACUGGGAGACAAGCGCGGGCCGUGUGGUGCCCUCUGCCCUGCCACCGGCAGCCAAUCUCCCCCGCCAUUGGAUUCGUGGCGUUGGCGAGCGUGGUCGCCAGGAGAGGAGGGGCGGCGGCGGCGACUGUUCGCGGGAUGAGCUUCGGCGGCGCCAGCUCCGUCGCGGCCGGUGGGAAGCGGCCGUUCGAGUACGGGAGGACGCAUGUGGUGAGGCCCAAGGGCGCGCACAAGGCCACCAUCGUCUGGCUCCACGGCCUCGGCGACAAUGGAGCCAGCUGGUCUCAACUGUUGGAAACUCUUCCCCUUCCUAAUAUAAAAUGGAUCUGCCCAACUGCACCUACGAGGCCUGUGGCAAUUUUUGGUGGAUUCCCAUCUACUGCAUGGUUUGAUGUUGCUGAUCUUUCAGAAGAUUCUCCUGAUGAUGUUGAGGGGCUGGAUUCCUCAGCUGCACAUGUUGCAAAUUUAUUGUCUACCGAACCUGCAGAUAUCAAGCUUGGCGUUGGUGGCUUUAGUAUGGGUGCUGCUACUGCGCUUUACUCCGGUACUUGCUUUGCUCAUGGAAAAUAUGGAAAUGGCAAUCCUUACCCUGUGAACCUAAGUGUGGCUGUUGGUCUCAGUGGCUGGCUCCCAUGCGCCAGGUCAUUGAAGAACAAAAUUGAGAGCUCACAGGAGGCUGCACAGAAGGCUUCAUCAUUACCUCUUAUGCUUUGUCAUGGAAAAGCUGAUGAUGUGGUCCUCUACAAACAUGGAGAGAGGUCUGCUGAUGCACUUAAGUCAACCGGGUUUGCAAAUGUGGAAUUCAAGUCCUACAGCAGACUCGGGCACUAUACCGUUCCAGAGGAGAUGGACGAAGUCGUCAAGUGGCUUACGGCAAGCUUGGAACUCGGCAGUUCCACGUCAACUUGAUCGAAUGAAGAGAUGCCUUGAGAAAGGCUCGGUGUAGCGGCGUCUAAAUAAUAAGUACCUGUGGUUGUGCCGAAUUGAGUGAUAAAAUGGCUGGGUUGCCAACUUGGGCUUUGGGUAUACGGUCAUGUCUUAGCUUGGUGUUUCAUAUGCGGACAUGCCUCGCUGAAUCUUGGUACUAUUGAGAUUUCCAUAUAUUUGGUAUGUGUUUCCAUCCAAAGUUGUGAUCAGUUUGGUUUUGGUUACCAGUGAUAUUUUUGUUUCAA